AUGGCAGACAAAGACCACGAAAGAAGGCCAAAUCCUAAAGGUUGGACUCCUCCAAAAGCUCCAUAUAAUCCUUACGAUCCAAAUGAUGCUAGACCUCCUUCAGGUUAUCCAUCAGAAUAUGAUUUACCUAAAGCUCAAUCAGGAUUCACCUCAACUCCUAAAGAUUCUACUCAGUAUAAGAAAGUCAAUGAAACUAUGAGAAGAUUGAAUUAUACUCCUCGUCCAAUAAGUGAAAUAUAUCCCGGUCAAUAUAAAGUACUAAGAAGAAUCGAUUCCAAUAAGAGAUUACAUUUCGGUACUAAAUGGUUUGGAACUUUUAUAACAGGAUCGUUAGUAGUUUAUGGGAUGUUCUUCUAUAGAUGGAAUGAUGGGUAUGAGAACGUUACUUCAGAUUUAUAUAGAUUCAGAAUAAGUGUGAAGGAAAGAUUUUUCAAAUUAACUGAUGAAGAAUAUAUGGAUUUACAUCAUCCUAAAGGAGUUGAUUUCAAACUUCAAUCAGUAAGAGAUGUGGAAUAUAUUCCUGAUGAAAUGAAGAAGACGAAAGAGAGUAAUUUAGCUUUGAGUAAACCAGCAGAAAAACAUGUUUUAGAAGCCCAAAGAAUCCAACAACAACAAGAAGAAGAUAUGUUAAGACUGAUGGAUAAACCAAGUAAGAAGAAAUGGGGGAUAUUUGGGUAUUAG